CACACACGCACACGCACGUACAGACACACAAACACACCACAGGGUUAGUCAUGUCGAGGUUAUCUUAACCCCCUUGUCACACAGCAACUAGGGCCUGACAGUCACACAGCACAGGGAAGAUAGGGCCUCAAAACCACACACCUGGAAGGUACGCAUUAGAAACAUGGAUUUAAAAAGCCUUUUCGUGGUAGCCCAGUUUAUAAAGGCAAGAUGUGCCCAUGGCAUGAUGGCAGGAAAGGCCAAAAAGGAUAAGAAUUAUGUUUUCUAUGAGGUGGAGAUUCAGGAUUCCAAGAAGUUGAAGCUUUGCUACUUGGACAAGGUGGAACCUAAUGCCACUAUUGGAGAGAUCAAGUGUCUAUUAUAUAAGAUAUAUCCUAAAUGGUACCCAGCCAGACAGGCUUUGUCACUUCACCCAGAUGGGGAGUCCCUGAAGGAUGAUGAAGUAUUGGAGAAUCUACCGGUGGGAACCACGGUAACAAUGUUCUUCCAUGACCUGGGACCGCAGCUGGGGUGGACCAUGGUAUUUCUGGCAGAGUGCAUCGGACCUCUCUUCAUCUACCUUUUCUUCUUCCUCCAUCUCCUCAACGUCUACGAGCAGAUCGAUGACUAUACCUCCAGUCCCUGCUCAGUGGUCACGCUGGCGUGUGUGUGUCACUGUUUCCACUACUUCAGAAGGUUGUUGGAAACCAUCUUCAUUCAUCGCUUCUCCGAUGGCACCUUGCCACUGCAAACCAUCAUGAGGAACUGCCUGUACUACUGGGGAUUUUCUGCUUGGCUAGCCUACUACAUCAACCACCCCCUCUACACUCCACCAUCGUAUGGGAAUCUCCAAGUCUACUCUUCGUUGGUGGUGUUUAUGCUCUGUGAAGCUGGAAACUUCUCAAUUCAUUUGGCUCUCAAUAACUUGGGCUGUAAUGGUCUGAGGCCCAAGCGGAUCCCUUAUCCUACCAGGAACCCCUUCACAUGGCUCUUCUUCUUCGUGUCAUGUCCCAACUACACCUAUGAGGUGGGGACGUGGUUGAGUUUCUCCAUCAUGACACAGUGUGUUCCAGUGGCUCUGUUCACGUUGCUGGGCUUCGUCCAGAUGACUAUCUGGGCAAGGGGAAAACACAAGAUGUACAUCAGAGAGUUUACAGACUACCCUGAACUGAGAUCAGCUAUCAUCCCUUUGUUCCUUUGAGCCAGCCAGCGUUAACAACAAGAGCCUAAUCCUUAAUUAUACCCCUGUUCCCAUAAGGGUUGCAAGAAUUCUGGUUAACUGUCACCAAAUCCCCAGUUUUUCCAGAAAUCCUAGUUGUAAAUUCCAUGGAAUCAGAAGGGAAAAAGCAGGAAAUCUGGAAUCGUCCAACCAGGAUUUCUGGAACACCUGUGAAUUUUUGGGUAAAUUACCAAAAUUGUUCACAACCCUAUUCCCUAUACUUUUGACCAGAGCCACAUAGGUCUCUUGUCAAAUGUAGUGUACUACAUAGGGAAUAGGAUGCUAUUUUAGACAGAGCCAUUCAUACUCUACUACAGUUAGAGAAAGCAGUGACUGGACACUGUGGUAAUAGUGCACCUGUAGGGGAUAUGAUGUGGCUCUGGCCAAAAGGAGUGACACUAAAUAGGGAACAACAGAUACCCAGUCAACAAGCGAGCUGGAUAUAAAUGAACUUUGUGACAGCCUCUCAGUCAGAAUAGGGUUACAGGGCCUCACUCAGGCCUGUGACUUAAUGUCAUCACUCAACUCUACACUAAAGUGUACAUUUGUAGCAAGGUUAUGGGUUUACACAGAUACUGGUUUUAAGUUAGGAUGAAUGUACUGGUUUUAAGUUAGGAUGAAUGUACUGGUUUUAAGUUAGGAUGAAUGUACUGGUUUUAAGUUAGGAUGAAUGUACUGGUUUUAAGUUAGGAUGAAUGUACUGCAAGUGUGGAAUGAUACAAUAGAUUGGUUUUGAUUCCCUGUAGUCGUAGAGAAUUGAUAGUUUUUUGUUUUUUUAUUCACCAUAGUCAUUGUUGCGGCACAGUUCAUGUGAGUGACAAUGUGUAUACUUUAUAGUAGUGGUCUUGAACCUAGUGCACUUGAAGUGUAGUGCACUUGUUCCCCUGUUGAAGGACAGAUGGCCCUGUUCAGUCAAAACAGAUGUUAAGUAACCAUAAUAUUUAAUUUGUGUGAUAUUAAUAGUAUUUUAUCUCAUUUGUUUAUGUUGUUAGUUUUACAGUGGGACUGUUUUAUUUUUUUUUCACAGUAACGUUGUGUUAUUAAUUAUCACAUUUGGAUUUAACAGGGCCAGUGUUUUGCUGUUAAAGCAUGGCAUCAGUUGAAGUUGAUACACAUAUCUAUUCUCAUCCAUAAUACUAGCUAUGACGGGGAUGGGCAACUGGCAGCCCGCGUGGGGCCCCUUUUGAAGGCCCUUGCUGGAGGGUAGGGUGUGGGGGGGGGGGGGGUAGAAUACACAAGGUGACAUUUUUAAAUCUGGUUGUAAAUCAGCAGUUUUUCCUCUUGUUUUAUCAGUCACUGAUAGUUACUCAAUUAGCACAUGUUAGCCAAAACAAAUUAGUCUAGCGGUCAGCUAUCUAAACUUAGUAAUCAUGGUGGAAUCACCAGCCGGGGGAGGGGGGGUGGGGGAGUUUCCCCCGUUUUGAUUUUGUUGGUCAGUCUCACAUUUCUCUCCACCCUAUAGAAAAAUUUGUAGAAUUACAGGAAAUUAGCUGGAAAACAUCUCAUUUUGUUCUCCGCCCCAUGGCUGAAAUGAGUAGAAUUGCAGGAAAUUUGUUAGAAAAUUGCCAAAUCUGCUCUCUGUCCCAAUGGUCAAAAUGUAUAGAAUUGCAACAAACUUGCUUUAAAACGGCAACAUUUUCUCUACAUCCAAUGGCAAAAUGUAUAGAAUAUAUAAACCAAGCAACAUAUUUCUACAUUAUUUGAACGGCUCUAUAAAUGAGCUUAGCAUUAUUAUUAGUUUUGGUAUAUAAAUGUGGGUACACAGACCGACGAGCCACUAUGGCCCCUCAUAAUGAGUUCACAUUUUUUGUGGCCCCCAACCCCAUCAAAGUUUCCCAUCCCUGAUCGUAGGAAAUGGAAGCGUUAUCCAUUUGUACGGUAUUCUUGAUUAGAAACAGCAUUUGUGUCAUGUUAAACUUCAAAAACAACAAAAAAUGGUAACAAUAAAAGAAAAAACAUAUUUUGUG